UUCUCUUUUCCUUAGAAGAAAUAMGAAAACAUUUAUUAGAACCAUGGCCUCGGCACCUCUGCUUGCAAGCAUAUUGAUCUUGACCACUUUUGGCGGGAAUAAUAAACCCAAGCCCAGUCUCAACGCUACCAGCAUGCAAGGCUUGGUUCCAACAAACAUGAAACUUCAACCUUCGUUUAGAAAGAAGUUUCAGAUUUACUGUCGUACGGGGUUUCGAUUGGUUGUUCUUCCUGGUGGWCACGUGAAGGGUACAGCCAAUAGCACAAUAGCAAACAAAUAUGGACACUUUGAACUUCAAUCUUUUGGAAGGAGUGUAAUCCGAAUGAAGAACAUAGCGACACAGAAAUAUAUAGGGAUAGCCAAGACUGGAAAAGUAUUUUCAACGGAUUUAGCAACAAACGAAACCUUACUGAAAGAACAUCGAAGGAAUAAUUUAUACAACUCUUAUCAUUCUUACAUUUAUAAAGACAAGAARAGCAGCAAACGCUUGUAUCUUGCUGUAAAACGAAACGGCCAAAUGAAGAAUGCAAGAAAGGUUCUACCAAGACAUAARUCUUUUCAAUUUCUUACGAUAGAAGAACCUAAGACACUGAGUUCCGUAAGGAAAAUUCUUCAAAAGUUUGGAAUUGAAAAAUYAUUUGAAACUCUCAAUUCUACUCGACAUGAGGAGAGUACGUAAAUAAAUUGAAUUCAGUUCAAGACUGUUGAUUUUUAUACUUUUCACU